CUUGUGAAGCACUUUAUUGUGAAGUGCUAUACAAAUAAAUGUAUUAUUAUUAUACAUUAUUAUAAGUUAUUCUUCCACCACUGCUCCUCCUGUCACAUUUCCCAGCUGGUUGGUUUGGGGUGCAGCAACUCUAUGAACCCUCCAUAUAUUUCCGACAGCCCCUGAAUGCAUCAGGAGUCCUCCCAGUCAGAUCUGGCUGAACGUGACGUGCCGACUCGCAGCGGAGCUAGCGAGGUUUCCUGGCGGAGCUGCGGAGGGAGAGCAGGAGCAGGAGCCGAGCGGGUCUGUCUGUCUGUCCGUGUGUCUGUCUCUCUGCCGCCGCCGCCGCCGCCGCCGCAGUCUCUCUUGUCCUGUCUGGGACACACACACACACAACAAACCCUCCUCUUUUACACGGAUAUCACGGUGUGGACGCGGCUUCUUCACCAGCGGCAUCAUGGAUCCAUCGCUGUCCUCCUCCGGUCUCUGUCUCUGUCUUCACCGCUGAGCUGAGGGACGUUCAGUCCGUCGGAUGCUCCAGAGCCCAUAGAGGAGGAGGAGGAGGAGGAGGAGGAGGGAGGCUAUCCUUCUCGUUCUACCAGGCUGACUACCAGGCUGACUCACCGCUGGAGUGCCUGAACACAGAAGAAGAAGAAAAAGAAGAAGUUUGAGAGGACGAGGGAGUGAGGAAAAGACACAGUAAGAGAAGGAAGGAGGGAGGGAAAGAAAUAGGGGAGUAAAAAACUAAACAAAAAAGUGGUGAGGAAGAUUUGGAGGGGGGGAUUGACAGCAAGAGGAAGUCAGGUUGGGUUGGCGGGGUGAGAGGAGGAAAGAGAAAGUGAUUGUGGGAAAGAGAGAGAGAACGAUAGAGACAUUACAGACUCGUGGGGAACAAAUUAACAGAUCUGAGGUCAGGCGAGAGUGGGCGCAGGUAGGUUGGAGGUCGGAGGUCAAGCGGUCAGACGGAAGGCUGACUGAGCUUCAGCCGAACAAGCUGUCCCGCUACCCCCCUUCACCGUCACCACACUGGGAGAACUGGGAGAGCUGGUGACGAGGAGAAGCCACCAUGAGCGACCAGAACGUCAUCAAGGAAGGCUGGGUCCAGAAAAGAGGUGAGUACAUCAAGAACUGGCGACCGCGCUACUUUCUGCUGAAGACAGACGGCUCUUUCAUCGGCUACAAGGACAAACCGCAGGACUCUGACCUGGCCUACCCGCUCAACAACUUCUCUGUAGCAAAAUGUCAGCUGAUGAAGACGGAGCGGCCCAAGCCAAACACCUUCAUCAUCCGCUGUCUGCAGUGGACCACGGUCAUCGAGAGGACUUUUCACGUCGACACUCCUGAUGAGAGGGACGAGUGGGCCGAGGCCAUCCAGACGGUAGCCGAGUCUCUGGCCAAACAGGAGGAGGAGGGCAUCCUGAGCAGCCCCACCUCCCAGAUCGAGAACGUCAAUGAGGAGGAGAUGGACACCUCCAUCAGCCACUACAAACGAAAGACAAUGAAUGACUUUGACUAUCUGAAGCUUCUGGGCAAAGGCACUUUUGGGAAAGUCAUUCUGGUGAGGGAGAAGGCAAGUGGCACCUACUACGCCAUGAAGAUCCUCAAGAAGGAAGUCAUCAUAGCCAAGGAUGAAGUUGCUCACACACUCACAGAAAGUAGGGUAUUAAAAAACACCCGGCAUCCAUUCCUAACUUCUCUGAAGUACUCGUUCCAGACGAAGGACCGGCUGUGCUUUGUAAUGGAGUACGUCAACGGAGGAGAGCUGUUUUUCCAUUUGUCAAGAGAAAGAGUAUUUUCGGAGGACCGCACCCGUUUCUACGGCGCUGAGAUCGUUUCUGCUCUAGACUACCUACAUUCUGCCAAGAUCGUCUAUCGGGAUCUGAAGCUGGAGAACCUCAUGUUGGACAAAGAUGGCCACAUCAAGAUCACAGACUUUGGCCUCUGCAAAGAAGGCAUCACCGACACUGCCACCAUGAAGACCUUCUGUGGAACACCAGAGUACCUGGCUCCUGAGGUGCUGGAGGACAAUGACUACGGGCGGGCGGUGGACUGGUGGGGUUUGGGCGUGGUGACGUACGAGAUGAUGUGCGGCCGCCUGCCGUUCUACAACCAGGACCACGAGAAGCUGUUUGAGCUCAUCCUCAUGGAGGAGAUCAAGUUCCCGCGAACCCUGUCGGCCGACGCCAAGUCGCUGCUGUCAGGGCUGCUCAUCAAGGACCCCAACAAACGGCUGGGCGGCGGACCGGAUGACGCUAAGGAGAUCAUGCGACACAGUUUCUUUAACACAGUCGACUGGCAGGACGUCUAUGACAAGAAGCUGGUCCCACCUUUCCAGCCCCAGGUCAGCUCAGAGACGGACACACGCUACUUCGACGAGGAGUUCACAGCACAGACCAUCACCAUCACUCCGCCGGAAAAAUAUGACGAGGACGGGAUGGACGCGGCGGACAACGAGCGAAGGCCUCAUUUCCCACAGUUCUCCUACUCAGCCAGCGGGCGGGAGUGAGCGCUCCGGCCCAGCCAGCCAGUAUCGUCCCCAUUCGUGGCCAUUUUGAGGAAAACACGUAGCCAUUUUAGGAAAAAAAAAAAAUACCAGUCUCCCCUCUUUUUCUCCUUCUCUGCCUCCUCACAGACGGGGAGAAGUCUUUUUAGGGACUUUAAAAGAGGUUUUUGCACAGUGGGAUAGACUCCAGCCGGUCUCCCCACACUAAAAAAUAAGUCUCCUACAUUUUCAGCGCUAUUUACUGCAGAAGGCAAUGUUUUUGUUAUUUAUUUUUUCUCUCCGUCAGUAUUAAGUUGUCGACCCGGGUUGCGUUCAUCUUUUUUUUUUUUUGUUUGUUUGUUGUUUCUGCCCUUUUUUUUUUUUUUCUUCUUUUGACUUUUUGCACUUGGUUUGGAAGAGCCGUUUUAGGGAACAAAAAACCAAAAAUGUUGCCUUACGUGUGCAGAUGUUUCGUAUCAUACCGACAGGGUGUUUUGUUUUUUUGGGGAAGAGGGCGGGCGGGUUUCGGGGUUGUGAGGGGUCAUUCUUAGUUGAGAAUAAGUGCAUGGCUCGUGGUUCACACAAAAAAAACUACAAAAAAAAUAUUUUCUUUCUCAUACAUUUGCCAUGGCAGCGCACAUCCCCCCCAGUCCCAUGGCAAUGAAAGUCACUGUCUACAAGUAAACAACAAAACACACAAAAAAAACAAGAGAAGGACGAGAAUGGACGAGUCUGUAUCAUUCCUUUCAUCGUUGCAGUGUUACUACUUUGCUCUUUUCAACCCAUGUGUUUUUUUUCUUGCGCUUUACUUUCAACUUUUAUUUUGUAAACAGGAAACACUAAACUGCCAGAAACUGCACAGUUCACUCAGGCGCCACAGAGCACAACCGCGUUCAAACUCAGCUAACCGCUCCAGCUUUCCACAGCCGGCAGGGGAACGAGGCCUUUCUCUGCUUUCUCACCGCUUCUCCUCCUCUUCCUCCUCUUCUUCACCUCCGCUUUUUGUUUCCUCAUCGUAGCUGUAGGACUAGUGGAAUGGGUGUUUACACAGGGAAAUGUGGCUUAAUGUAUGUAUGUAAUGUAUGUAUGUACUGUAUGUAUGUGGGACAUGGGGGUCAACUUUAUGCUGUCAUAGCAACACACACACACACAUAUAUAUAUAUCUCUCUCUAUAUAUAUAGAGAGAGAUAUAUAUAUAUAGAGAUAUAUAUAUUUACACUCAGAAACAGGAAACAGCUGUGAGAUCAGACUGAAGUUGGCAGUUUUCUCCAGACACAAUCGAAUUUGGUGUUUUCUGAAAUAACCACAAUAUCAGAAUACUCACUGCAAUCACAGCCUUGUGUUUAACAGCUCAUGUCAGGUCAAGCUAGAGUCUGCGACGGGCAUUUACUGUAAGUUUCAGUGUAGGGAAAAACUAAACAAAAAGUAUUAACCUUCCGUUUUCCUGUUGCAUAUUUGCAGCUGUCGUUCCUCCUUCUGAAAACUCUUUUUGUGCGUUGGACAGACCGAUAGUUUACGUGAUAUUUCUGGACACUUAGAGAGUUUGUUAGGGGUGGUUUCCUUAAAACUCUCAGCUGCUACUGAGUGAGACAGUCUACAUGUUAUCAUACUAACUUAGUCAGCCGUCGCCAUGUCGAGAGCCGUGCGGAGGCAAUAGAAAUGCUUGCAUGUAGCACCUUUAGGGGCCAUACACAUGCCGCGUCUUUUGCACGCUAAAACCCAUCCAUCCAUUGUGGCAGGUGCGCUCAAACGUGGGAGCGUCGCUCGGAGGGCGACGGCAUCGCGGUGGGCAGGCGUUCCCAAGCGCCUAUUUUUCGGGCCGCGACGGCUGCGCCCCAAGAUAAAAAUAGUUCAACUUUUGUAACGCCGCACCGCAUGUCAUGUGAUGAGGAACAACCAAUCACAGCCAGCAGAUUUCUUUUCUUUCUUCUGUAAAUAUCAGUCUACGGUAAAUACUGUAUAUGAAGGAGAAGUUAAUAAUUUUAGUGCAGAGCUUUACAACUGUUCCCACGGACUAUUUUACUUGCUUAACCCUUUCUGUCUGAGGACGUCACAGCAUCCGGUUGAAAGGCCAGCCUAAUAACUGACAGAGAAAUUGAGCAGUAAAGCUUCUGUGAGGGAUUUAUGGUGCUGGAAAUCCAUUUAUCUUUGUUUUGACUGAGUUAAGUUUAGUCAGUGAGGCUUUUCCUGCUAAAUUACCACAACUCAUCAUCGUCAUCGCAACGCGCAGGUUUUGGUAGCUUAGUAACUGCAGGCGCAACAGUAGCGCAACCUCCGAAGCACCUCUUCCACAAAUUGUUAGACACGAUAUUUUGGGAAAUAGGUUUAUUUGCUUUCUUGUCAAGAGUGAGAUGACAAGUUUGAUACCUCUCUCAUGUCUGAACGGUGCUAAAGUCUGGAGGUGAUUAUCUUAGCUUAGCAUAGGAGAAAAACUGACAGCGGGGGUGAAAACCGCUCGCCUGGCUCUGUCCAAAGUUUAAAAAAAAAUACAUUUACCAACUCCUCUAAAGCUGAUUACUGAUUAUUGAAACAGACAUACAGCAGACCUAUGUUUGAGUAUUGAGUAACUUUACAGAACACUUAUUUAGUCCGACACCCAGGCCUGGCGCCAGGAUGAAGUGACUGAGGGGGCUGUUACAGGUUCUCUAUGUGAUAUCCAGAGAAUUCAUAUAGCAGCAAACAACUAUUUGCUAUGUAAAGAUAUAGAGGAGCAAUGUCUACCUGAGUAGAGAAUGAAGUCUCUGGAGAGGAAACACGCACAGAAGUGUGUUGUAAUCGGAGCUUCUCCUCACUUUGAUGACAUCGCCGGGCCGGCCGCACCUGCCUGCUUUGUUGCCUCACUGGCUAGCUCACAGCCGCCGCUCUGCACUGCCCUCAUACAGCGGUUACCAUUGAUAACGCCGCCCGAUCGACAGCACCGUUGCAGAAGCGUAGCAUCCCCCCAGGCUAACACUGUUAGCUCUGUCGGCACUGUUGCCGUCUCAAAAUUAAAGAAUACAUUUAUUAAUCAGAGCACUCGCAUAAGAAAGAAUAUUUUUUUAGCUUAUGAACGAUUCUCUGUAAAAAUCAGCAGGUGGAGGCGCGUAGAAACUCUCUCUCUCUCUCUCUCUCUCUCUCUCUCUCUCUCUCUCUCUCUCCCCCUCUCUCUCU